AUGCGGCAAUUAGUUGUUCAAUUCGGCCUGACUCUAGCCAUAAUUAUCGGCUAUUCGCAGUUAUCGGUGGUUCAAGGUGUCGAUAUGUCUGAGGCCAAACUCAAGAAGGUUACUGAAGAAUGCAUGAAACAAACUGGCGUUAGCCUCGAACAAGCCAAUCUUAUAAUGAAAGAUGAAUUAGAGAAUGUGGAUGAAAAGGACUUUUCUCACAACAUGAGGUGUUAUUUGCAUUGUUAUCAUCUGCAAAUGAAUCUGACUGAAGCUGAUGGUACUCCCAUAUCCAGUGCCUAUGUAAAAUUCAUGGAAAAUCGAUUUGCCAAUAAGAAGGAAAAAGUUAUACCUGCUUUAUUAAAAUGUCAGCAUGUAACCGAUCCGGAUAAAUGUGAAUUUCUAUUUAAAUUUGAAAUGUGUAUGGCGCACACAAUUGAAGGCCAGGGAUGGGAGGUUACUAAGUGAGUGGGUGAAUAUAUGCA